CCCCCGGCCAGCCUGUUCCAGCCGCCCCGCCGCCCGGGGCUGGGCACUGUUGGGAAACCCAUCCGCCUCCUGGCCAACCACUUCCAGGUUCAGAUCCCCAAGAUCGAUGUGUAUCACUAUGAUGUAGAUAUCAAACCAGAAAAACGCCCCCGGAGAGUGAACAGAGAGGUGGUGGACACCAUGGUGAGACACUUCAAGAUGCAGAUAUUUGGGGAUCGGCAGCCCGGGUACGACGGGAAGCGGAACAUGUACACGGCACACCCCUUACCCAUCGGCCGGGACAGGGUGGAUAUGGAGGUGACACUUCCAGGAGAGGGGAAGGACCAGACAUUUAAAGUGUCCAUUCAGUGGGUGUCUGUUGUCAGCCUCCAGCUGCUGCUGGAAGCUCUGGCAGGGCACCUGAAUGAAGUUCCUGAAGAUUCGGUGCAGGCGCUUGAUGUCAUCACUCGGCACCUUCCCUCCAUGAGGUACACUCCUGUGGGUCGCUCCUUCUUCUCCCCGCCCGAAGGCUAUUACCACCCCCUGGGUGGUGGCAGGGAGGUCUGGUUCGGGUUCCACCAGUCAGUCAGGCCUGCCAUGUGGAACAUGAUGCUCAACAUCGAUGUGUCAGCAACUGCUUUCUAUCGUGCCCAGCCUAUCAUUGAGUUCAUGUGUGAGGUCCUGGACAUUCAGAACAUCAACGAACAAACCAAGCCUCUUACAGACUCUCAGCGUGUCAAGUUUACCAAAGAAAUCAGAGGUCUAAAAGUGGAGGUUACCCACUGUGGGCAGAUGAAGAGGAAAUACCGGGUGUGCAAUGUGACUCGGCGACCAGCCAGUCACCAGACGUUUCCUCUGCAGCUGGAAAAUGGGCAGGCUAUGGAGUGUACAGUAGCUCAGUAUUUUAAGCAGAAGUACAGUCUGCAGCUGAAAUACCCUCACCUUCCAUGUCUGCAAGUGGGACAGGAGCAGAAGCACACGUACCUGCCGCUGGAGGUGUGCAACAUCGUGGCUGGCCAGAGGUGCAUCAAGAAGCUCACGGACAAUCAGACCUCCACCAUGAUCAAAGCAACGGCGAGAUCUGCGCCCGACCGGCAGGAGGAGAUCAGCAGACUCGUGAAGAGUAACAGCAUGGUGGGUGGGCCCGACCCCUACCUGAAGGAGUUUGGCAUCGUUGUCCACAAUGAAAUGACAGAGCUGACGGGCAGAGUUCUGCCAGCCCCAAUGCUGCAAUAUGGAGGCAGGAACAAGACUGUGGCCACACCAAACCAAGGUGUGUGGGACAUGAGAGGGAAACAGUUCUAUGCUGGCAUUGAGAUUAAAGUCUGGGCUGUUGCCUGUUUUGCUCCUCAAAAACAAUGCAGGGAAGACUUACUAAAGAGCUUCACGGACCAGCUGCGGAAGAUCUCCAAGGACGCGGGGAUGCCCAUCCAGGGCCAGCCCUGCUUCUGCAAGUACGCCCAGGGAGCCGACAGCGUGGAGCCCAUGUUCAAACACCUCAAACUCACCUACGUGGGUCUGCAGCUGAUCGUGGUGAUUCUGCCUGGAAAGACACCCGUGUACGCUGAAGUAAAGCGGGUUGGUGACACCCUUCUAGGAAUGGCCACUCAGUGUGUUCAGGUAAAGAAUGUGGUAAAAACCUCCCCACAAACGCUGUCCAACCUGUGUCUGAAGAUAAAUGCAAAGCUUGGAGGAAUCAACAAUGUGCUUGUACCUCAUCAAAGGUGA